AUACCUUCACAAUUUACAAGUUACAAGAAGCAAAACAACUUCAUCUUCAAUCUUUAUUCUUCAACCAAGAAUGGCUUCACUUUCUCUAUCCUCCUCCCUUUCUCCUCACAUCCUCUCUCAAAACCCUUAUUCUUCUUCCCUCAAACUCCACCAAUCUCUCUCUAAACCCUCUUUUCUCAAACCAAAUCUUCACAUUUCUUCAUCUCAUACACUUCAUUCCUCCCUUCAACUUCACCCACCAACCCUAAAUUCCCCAUCUUUCCAGCCUAAUGCUCUUGCAGUAGAUGAAUUUGGGUUGGGUUCAAUCACGGGCUCAAACCCACAAACCCCAGCAACCGCCAUGAGAGGUGCUGAAGCUGAUGUUAUGGGAUUGCUUUUGAAAGAAAGGAUAGUGUUUUUGGGAAGUAGUAUUGAUGAUUUUGUUGCUGAUGCUAUUAUUAGUCAAUUGUUGCUGUUGGAUGCUCAAGAUCAUACUAAAGAUAUUCGCCUUUUCGUUAAUUCUCCUGGUGGUUCUCUCAGUGCGACAAUGGCCAUCUUUGACGUUGUACGGCUUGUGCGAGCAGAUGUGUCUACACUUGCUCUUGGAAUUGCUGCGUCAACAGCUUCAGUAAUUCUUGGUGGUGGAGCCAAAGGAAAACGUUUUGCAAUGCCGAAUGCGAGAAUAAUGGUUCAUCAACCUCUUGGGGGUGCAAGUGGACAAGCAAUCGAUGUCGAAAUUCAAGCACGAGAAAUCAUGCAUAACAAGAAUAAUAUUACAAGAAUCAUUUCUGAAUUCACUAACCGACCUUUUGAACAAGUAGAAAAAGAUAUCGAUAGGGAUCGUUAUAUGUCUCCUAUUGAAGCAGUUGAAUAUGGACUGAUUGACGGGGUUAUCGAUAAAGAUAGCAUUAUUCCACUUGUACCCGUUCCAGAAAAAGUGAAACCUUCAUUCAACUAUGAAGAGAUCAGCAAAGAUCCAAAAAAGUUCCUGACACCAGAUAUCCCAGACGAAGAGAUAUACUAGCUUACUGGCUGAGAUGAUUCCAGGAUUGCAGCUGUGAAGAAGGCUCGGUUUGAUCUACUCUUGGUGCGGUUUAUUCGAGAGAUCUCUAAUGCAGCAAUAGUCGGACAGCAAGCUCACAACAAUACUGCCUUUUUGUUGGAUAGAAUGAAGCUUUAGUUGUACAAGUAAAACAUGUUACUGUAAACACAUUUGUAUUUUUGCUUUUUACCCAUGAGAUGAGCUGUUGCACCACGGACUGGUUUCUAUUAGGCAUAGUCAGAUUAGCCACAUUCUUGUGUAAAAUGACCAUAGACGAAGGUGCUUAUUUUUCGAUGCGUGGCAGGAAUUGGAAUUAAUUUUAGCUGUCUGUUGAAAA